UCUCUCUCUCUCUUCGCCUUCUCUCUCUCUCUCUCUUUCUCUCGCUCGCGCAGCCGCAGGAGCUUUCGCCUUUCUUUCCCCCAAAAGGUGAGAUUCCCCCAUGCCAAGCCCUGGGGCUGAUUUCACGCCUAUAAAUUGAGAUCACAUACUCUUCUCCUCGGAUCUGCCAAGAUUUGCUAUCUCAAUCGUUGUCUCUCACGCCCCGACCCGUUCCUGAGAUCUUAAAUUUUCUCUGUCCUGUGCCCUAAGCUUCGGAUUUACCUUUCUGCAUCUCGUAUCUGGAUCUGCGACCACGAGGUUGUGAUCGAUCGUUAUCCCUUAUUUCCUGCUGAGAAGAGCUUGAGAAGUUCGGAGAUGGAAUCUGACGGCGGGCAUGAGGCAAUCCAGCCGGUGACUGCGGAGGAGGAGGCGCUGAAGCGGAACACGGACUGUGUCUACUUCUUGGCGUCACCGUUGACCUGCAAGAAGGGGGGUGAGUGUGAAUAUCGUCAUAGUGAGGGUGCCAGAAUUAACCCCAGAGAUUGCUGGUAUUGGUUAAAUGGUAACUGCCUGAAUCCAAAAUGUUCAUUUCGCCAUCCGCCACUUGAUUCCUGUUUUACAAUGCCGGCUCCAGUGACUACCUCUAGACCAAUUCCACCUCAAACUGCAGCAACAUCAAACCCUGCUGCACAUUCUCCUCCUGGUAACAUCAAUAAACAGAUUCCUGGUAAUGUCGGUAAACAAGGUGUUCCCUGCUACUACUUUCAAUGGGGGCAGUGUUUGAAAGGUGAAAGGUGUCCUUUCAUGCAUGGGCCACAGGCAUCUAGCAGUGCUGUUUCCCAGCACAAUGCAACAACUUCUGCAUAUCUUGCUGAAUCACCACAGGCAAGUAAGAAGGGUACACGACAGAGCACUAGUUUGCAAUGGAAUGUUGCUGAACUAGAUAAAUCAAGGGUGGCUGUUAACAUGCCAGUUGAAAUGCCACCUGCUACAACAAAAAAUGUUACCAAAGCCGAGAAUGUUAUUAACAAUGAACCAUCAGCAAACAAAUUAUUGUCACCGUAUUCAUUGAAUGAUGAGCCUUCCUUACUGCCACAGAUUACUCUUUCUGUUGGCAGUGGCUAUACUCUAAGCCAACCAUGGAGUCAUCAGGUGCAGCCUUGGCAUGAGAAACCCGAGAAUGUUAGGGAUACUGAUGAGUUCUUGCGGGAACAUUCUCCUGGUUUUGAUGUACUUGUGGAAGAUGAUAGUAGUCACCCUGAUUACUUCCACAAUGAAGAUAACUUUAGAAGGGUGUCAGCUCAUGAUGGACAGAAACUUGAACCUGAAGAUGAUUACGACAACCACCACAGGCAUUACGAACCUUUGACCAAGUUUGACAGGGAUCGAUACAAUGCCAUAGGCAAAGAUGACAACUAUGAAAAUUGUGGCUUGGAACCAAAGACAUUUGAUAGGAACUUGGGCAAACCAUCAUCACUUGAAAGAAGAGUGCGUGACAAUGAAAAAAAACUUGAUGAGGCGGAUGGCUCAGAUUUGCGCCAUCAGCUACUUAAACAAAGAAGGCUUACCGGUUCAGGGUCUACUGAAAGUCUUCAUGGUCGUCAUGAGCACCACCGGAGGGAUGACCGCCACGCUGAGGAGAGGGGUUAUGGCCGUCAUUCUAGAGAUCAAAGACAAUUGCCUGUAAAGAGUUCCAUAAGCACUCGUCUGCAAGGUAGAAUUACAUUCCCUGGAAGAUCUUCAAUUGAAAGGGCCAGUGAUUUGCACUUGGAGAAAGAGAGAGGCAGGAGACCUCGAGGAAGAUUGUCACCAACAAGACAAAUAACUUACCAGCUGAGACAUCCGGAAAGAAUAAGACAGCAACAAAGCGAGGAUUUUAACAAAGAUACAAGGAAUACUAGAAACAAGCCAACCAGAAGAGAUGACACUAACUCUCUAGAUUUUGUUGGUCCAAAAUCUCUUGCAGAGCUGAAAGGUGCAAAGAUCACUGGGAGUUCUGAUGUGCAGUCGAUCACAAGUACAGUUGCUAAUACCAAACUGAACAAAGAGAAUUCUGGAAAAGUAGAGGGGCUUCAGGAAUCAGAAAAUUCUCCAUCAUUUGAAGGUCCAAAACCACUGAAUGCCAUUCUGAAGAGGAAAAGGGAGUCAGCCUAUGUGGAUAGUGAAAUUUCUACUUGCCCAUAUGAAAACAAUAUAGGUGGUGGAGAAUCUGCUAUCAAUAGUUCUGCACAGGCAGCAGUUGUAAAUUUGCCACCAGUUGCUUUACCGGAAGUAGAAAAGGAAGGCAACUAUAGAAUUGAUCACGACGAGACACACGAGGUUAAAGCAGUUGAAGAGGAAGUGCAGGAGGAAGAAGAGGAGGGUCUGAUCCCUCCAGAAGACAAGGAGCUAAAUUACAACGAUCAGUCAUCCGCCAAAGCUGGUGCUGUUGAAGCUGAAGAUGGCAUGGAUUUGGAAAAUGUGGAAGAUGAAGAGCUGGAAAAUUAUGAUCAGAGAGAUGAAGACUUCGAGUAUGAAGCAGGGGGGGCAGAAGAUGGCGAGAACACAUUCCAGGAUGAUGAAGACGAGUUUGAUGAUGAGGACGACUUUGCAAGAAAGGUCAGUGUCAUGUUAUCCUGAAAGCAAAGGUAAUGGUAAUCGGUUUUGCUUGCCGGUUCUUGAAGAACCUCAACCACCUCCAAUCUAAGUAAUCUACAAAUGUCUUGGAAGAUAUUGAUGGCAUUCACAUAUUUUAUAAGCUCACAGCGGCAACUCCUUAGGUUCAAAUUUGAUGAGAAGGGGCCAAGAGGGAAGUUGAGAAAUUUCAGAAGACAUUAUUUAGAGGAUUUCGACUUUGCUUUCUUCCUGAUUUCCUAAUUAUGGGUUCUUCAGAACCCAGUUUGUAUCAUAUGCCAUGCACCAAAUGGAUCGGUAAUGAAUCACCCUAGUGGGGUAUCUUACAGCUUAUCAAAUCUGAUCUAUUCUCUUAUGGUACUGCACCCUGGAGAGCUUCAUGGAAUCCAAACCGGAAUAUACUCUACUCGAAAAUCAUGUUGAAGACGAGAAACUACCAUGAGAAAUCUCAAACCAUGUUUCGGUUACCUACAUCAUCAAUCCUUACAAGCAGGUUUGUUCAGUUGGGAUGAAGAAACUUAUUGCAUUAAUCGUUUCUCCGUGCUCUGUUCCUUUUUAUAUUGAACUACAAACGUCUUUAUAUAUACACAUUUCAAGCAUAAAAGUGUUCUGAUUUGAAUUGCC